AUGGUUCAAAAGGUUUACUUCGACUGCACCUGGACCGGUCCUCAGGUCAACGUUGAUUCCAACGGCAAGCCUACCAACACCGACCGCGAGAUCAAGCAGCGCUCUGGCCGCAUCAACUUCGAGCUCUUCGACGACGUUGUCCCCAAGACCGUCGAGAACUUCCGUGCUCUCUGCACUGGCGAGAAGGGCUUCGGCUACUCUGGCUCCAAGUUCCACCGUGUCAUCCCUGACUUCAUGCUCCAGGGUGGUGACUUCACCCGUGGCAACGGCACUGGUGGCAAGUCCAUCUACGGUGAGAAGUUCGCCGACGAGAACUUCAAGCUCACCCACAACAAGCCUUUCCUCCUCUCCAUGGCCAACGCCGGCCCCAACACCAACGGCUCCCAGUUCUUCAUCACCACCGUCGUGACCAGCUGGCUCGACGGCCGCCACGUCGUCUUCGGCCAGGUCCCCGCCGGUGACGUCGCAUCCAUGUCCGUCGUCAAGUCCAUCGAGGCUUGCGGCUCCAGCUCUGGUGCCAUCAAGGGUGGCGGUGCUCCCCCCACCAUCACCGCCGCUGGCGAGGCUUAA